GAUGAUGCGGCAGAGACGUCGUCCACUGAGAUGUUGUUGUAGAGUAGGUUUGUGGUGUACAGUACUGUAGUCUGAAGUAGAUGGAGAGAGGCAGGAGAAAUAGACAAACCAUGAAGGAUCUGAUUAUCCUCAGAGGUUUGCCCGGAGUUGGAAAGUCGCAUCGCGCAAGGCAGCUCCUUGAAGAAUAUCGAAGACUAGGAAUACAAGGGAAGAUUUAUUCCACAGACCGCUACCAUGAAAAGUUCGACUGGGACACACGAUACUUCCACCGCAAUCACACGUGGACUAGACGGGAUGUUUUUGGAGCCAUGCAACGAGGUGUGACUCCUAUCAUCGUUGACAACACGAACAUUUAUCGUUGGCACAUGUACCCUUAUGUCUUCAUGGGGAAGCAACGCGGUGACUAUUACAUCACUAUAGAAGAAGUGCCUCGUGGGUAUCCUGAAACCUUCAUCUCCCUCAACAAACUGUACAGGUGGUGUAACAGUAAUAUCCCCAAAUGGAAGUUCAGAGAAUACAGGGACGGCUGGGAAGAAGUUGACCACUACCAGGAUGUUCUGGAUGACGAAUUCUCCCUCAAAAGGUGGGAGCAUAGCCACGAGGAAUGGAACGUCUACUGACGAAGAUGCUCACACAUUCCUUGUUUGCCACUAUGCUUGUUCCUCUAGAAAAUGUUGUUGAAUCAUCUCAACUGAGCAAGUAAUUACAUAAUAAAUAUUUUGACCUAAGUUGAUCUUACUUUUUGUCAUUUUGAAAAUAU